AUGGCAGCAAACAAUUCUUUUGCAUCAGUACCUUAUCUAAAUCAAACAGGACACUACAUUUUAAAGGGAAACUCGUCCUUAGCAAAUGUUAUCAAUACACCAUAUAGAGUACUUCGAUCCUUUUCGGGAGCUGUCAGUUUACAAUAUCAACAGGCACAUAAAGCUACCGAAUUCAGCACAAGUCUGCGACAAUUCUUAAAUGUACUUGGGUUUUUUUUCAGUGGUUAUGCAGUAGCAUGUUUUGCUGCUGCAAUGCUUCUUAAUAGAAUUGUCAUGCUACCUAAUUCUAGAAGUCGUGAACAUCCGUUUAGACUUCCUGGGUGGAUUAGAACAAUAUUACAUAUUUCCGUUAUUGUUCCAAUGGCUGCGAUUAUAUACUUAGUUGAAAGUAACUGGAGUAUCAAGGAUUCAAAUAAAUUCCCAUUAAAAAUGUAUUAUGUCAUAAUAUGGUCAUUUGUAGUAGAGACAAUAACAUCAGUUUCAUCGUCUCAAAUACCUUUGGAAAGCUCAGAUUAUACAAUAUUUGAAUUGUCUAUCCAACUUUAUAAUAUGAAGAACUUAGAUCAAGAACAUUUAAUAGCUAAGGAAUAUAUGUCAGAUUGUAUUAUGGCAAUGUUGAGCAGAAUAUUGAUCCAUAUAGUGGAAAUAUUCCAUGUUCGUAAAUGGAGACUUAUUGGUAGUACGAUAUUGAAUAUUGGCUAUCUUACAUAUCUGGGAAGAGUGCUUUAUAAAGAUGGACCUCUGGCAAUAUCAUUCUCCUCUAAAUUUAGACAAGGUCCCAAACUAUUCGGCAUUUUAAUAGUUUUCGUGUCUGUUGUUUGUUAUUUUUUAGCAUGUUUGAUAAGACUUGAUCCAUUCCAUCCUAACCAAACUAAUUUGCAAGAACUAAAAUUCCAUUCGUUUAUGCAAAAUUGGGCUACUCAUGUGAAUUUUAAAGGUGAUGAGGAUUUCUCUACAAUUAUAUCAAGAUUAGCAAUGUUGUUUUGUGCCGGAACUACUUCUGGUGGUAAAUCGAUGCAUAGGGAGUUUUCUAAUAUUAAUAUACCGAAUAAGCUACAUGGUAAUUAUGCUAUUAGUGACACUUUAUUCCAAGCCAAGGAACAGCUGGUGCAUGAUAAAUUUGAUUCAAAGACACCAGAUAACAAGAAUGAGCAUUUUGAUGAGCCUGCAAAAAACUGGAAUUGGAUGAUGAUGGUAUUUUCAUUUCCUUCAUUAGUUAACAUAAUAUGGAAAUUUGUGAGCAAUAUGUUCUGUGGAUGGAAAUUAAGAACGAGUGUUUCAGGCGAGGAUACUCUAAAACCAAGCUUAGCACAAGAUUAUGAACAAGAUAUAAUUGAUGAAGUGGAAUAUACAUGUGAUUCAGAAAGUGAUGGGACAGAAGAGAAUAUGGAGGGAAUUAAUGAUACAGAUGAUAGCCAUUAUACAUGGGUAUUAUUACAAAAUGAUAUGAACGACACUGAUGAAAACUUAUCAGAUGAUAGUGAAUAUAUCCCAGAUGACAGUUUAAUUGAGGACGAUAUUCUGUUUACUAUUGAUAGAGAUGAACUUCUCGAUGAGAUGCGUAAAGCUAAUGAGACUAAUGAUAAGGGCCAAUCUAGUAAAAAUAAAAAUAAGGAAAUGACAGAAGUUACUUUAGAUAACCAAAUUGAUAUGCUCGAUUUACGGACACCAGCAAAUGAUAUGGGAUGGUUUCUCUCACUACAAAGCAUAUUUAAUUUCCACUUAACGCAUGCUGAAAGAAUAACAAGGUCUAAAUUUUCUGUUAUGAAGGCUCAAGAUGCUAAAAAGAAUGUUGAUACUGUUCAUUCUGAAGCGGAUCUGUUAUGUGCAGUUUGUAAAACAAAUGAAAGAGAAAUUGUUCUAUGGCCCUGCAAUUGUUUCGCAAUGUGUGAUGCUUGUAGAAUUUCAUUGGCUUUGAGAGGAUAUAGUACAUGUGUGUGUUGUAGGAGACCUGUUGACGGUUAUAGUAAAAUUGUUAGUAUCAGUAAUUAA